AUGUCCAACGGCGUUGACUGGGCGGAUCUUCCGCCGGAACUCCUCCAAACCGUCGCCACGCGCCUCCCUACCCUGGCCGAUUACAUCCGCUUCCGCGUCGUCUGCAAAAACUGGCGCGCAUCAGCGCUCGUAUCGAGGUUCUACCUUCCUCGUGAAUUCCCGUGGCUCAUGCUUCCCCUCAGCCGCUCCUCCGGUGGACGCCGCUUCUUCAAUCCCCUGACGAAAAAUCUGCACCGCCUAACCCUACCGGAGGCUUCCCAUGGACGGCGGCGUGCUGGAUCGUCACAUGGCUGGCUGGUUCUAAUCGAUGAGUCUCCUUCGAUUUUUAUCAUCAACCCUCUCACGCGCGACAGAAUUUCUCUUCCGCCGUUGUCGUCGUUUCCAAACGUGAUGAAAUUCGACUUCUACAGUAUAGGACGGGAAUACACCCUCCGAUCGCCUGAGAAUGACCUGUACUAUUAUAAUCUGAGGCAGAUGCGGGAUGCUUUCAUUAAGAAGGUAAUUCUAUCUCACAGUCCUUACGAAGGAUCUAAGUUUAUUGCUUUAGCGCUUCUUAACCGCCAUGAAAAUCUUGCGUACUGCGAGAAUGGCCAUGGUCCGUGGAAAAUCAUCGAUGAAGCGCGGUCAUUCAUUGAGGAUGCGAUUUAUUUCAAUAGUUCAUUUUAUGCUGUCAACAAAUUUGGAUCUCUGGCAAUCUGUGAUCUCUAUGGGGCCUCGCCUAAGGUUAAGUUCAUCAAUGUAGGGCAACAAAUUGGGGGUGAUAUGCAGUAUUUGGUGAAUGCAAUGGGCGAUCUUCUGUUAGUUUCGAGAUAUUUAGAGUUUGAAAUUGAUAUUGAGCACUACCUGGAGGUGUGCAAAACGGUGAAGUUUCAUGUGCUUAGGUUUGAAUGGAAUGAACAAAGGUGGGAGAGCAUUGACAAUUUGGGUGAUAAGUUGUUGUUUUUGGGGGCAAAUUCAUCUAUGGCUCAGCUAGCCAGUGACCAUCCAGGCUGCACAGGGAAUAGGAUCUAUUUUACAGAUGAUUAUUCUGGGGCUAACUAUGAGAGCAUCACAGAUGAUCAUGAUGUUGGAGUAUAUAAUUUGGAGGAUGGAAGCAUUGAAACGAUUCCCUGCUAUCCCCGGAAUUCCCACUGGCCUAUUUGGAUGACCCCAUCUUUGUGCUAA